AUGGCAUAUGGUCAUCCAGUGUCAGGAAAGUUUACUGCAGUGAAAGCAGUGAUGGCUGUAAUUGGACAAGAUGAAAACAAAACUGGAGGUAAAAAUAGAUACGCAAUACAGCUAUUUUAAUUUAGUAUUUUACCAUUCUUUUUCAAUUUGUACAUUCUACCGUUUUAGAUUGCUCACAUGUGGGUGCCAUGGCGACAUUAAGUCAUCAGAGCUUGCCAUUCUGGUGGGACGAUGUUGCAGAUACGUCCGUAUUAGAAAAGGUUACUGUUGAUGCCCUCAACAAGGUAAGGGAUAAAUUAGCAUUAUACCAAGUUCAUUUCAUACAAUCCAGCAGUAUAAUAAAUUUUUAUGACUUGGUAUAUGGAUGAAAAAUGAAAACUUUGAUCCAUAUAACUUUUUAGUCCAAACGGAAAAAGGAGGAAAGGACAGUUGUGCCGCCACCCCAAGGACGGUUCCAAUUUUGCACAAUAAUCCAUCGACAAUUGCAAGAGUGCUGGCAAAUAAUAAGGAAAGGAUGUUGCGGUAAAUAACACUGUCAUAUUGCAUGAUUCGAAACUGCACAGUGAAGUGUUUUUUUAUAUUUAGUCCUCUGCACAUAUAUUUUGUAACAUUUUGUACUUUGUUUUGUCGUUUAGCAUAUUCUCUAGGAUUGUCGUUAUACCGUAUAAAAUAUUACAAACCAAAGAAGAGUUCCUUAAGAAAAGCUUGGCCCUUCAAGCAGAUAUGAAAAAAGUAAUGGCACAAGUGAUUCAGGGAAGAUUUCACUGGGCAUCAAGAAGACGAACUGUUCAAUGA